ACCCUUUUUUUGGUCUUUUUUUUUUUUUUUGCUUUAAAUAAAAGGAGCUGUCUCUAUAUAUCCUUCAUGACACCACACCGCCUCUUGCUUCUUCCAGGAGGAUUCACAAGAACCCGAAAAACCCACAACAACCAGGAUUCACAAGGCCGUCCCCUUCUGACCCGCUGUAAAUGGUAAAAAGGCGAAGAAGAUGGACGAGGAGCCUGGAGGCAGUGGGGUGUUCGUGGCCUCUUCUCCCCGGAAGAGGAAGAGAGAGAGCCGUGGGACGGCAGGGCCUGGCAGCCCCCUCCCAAAGAAGCAAAAGAAAGCCCGCAAAACCCCCCGGAGAGAAGCCCCACACUAUUUUGUUCAUGAGACGGACAACGAUAUGCUGCUGAUCAUCCCCAACGUGGGCGAGAUCGAAGACCGGCCAGCUCAGAAAGGGCUCAAAAAGAAGCAGAAGCCGCCACCCCGGGAGAAGGUCCCAAAGAAGAAGCCGGCCAACCAGCGGGUGGGGAAACCGAGGAAAGGAGCGCCUUCGGCAGACCAGCGAGUGACUUCCAGAGUUCUGGACAAAGGCGACCGGUCCCUCAUGCUCCGGACCACGGCAGCUCCCGCCGGGCGUUCCUGGGGUGAGAAACUCCCGGUCGAAAUCCUGGUCCAAAUCUUCCAGUUGGUUGUCGCCUCUGAAGGUUCGGUGCCCUUCCUCUGCAGGGUGGCCAGGGUGUGCCGGCUCUGGUACGGAGCAGCUUCCAACCCGGUGCUUUGGCAGAACGUGACCGUUGGCUGCUGCUGGGUCACACCGGGCAAAAAAAUGCCCCCUGCCGUGGAGAAGAGGGUCCUGGGCACCCUGGAGUGGCUGGCGGGCAACAGGUUUCCCCACCUCCGAGAUUUUGCUCUCUGCCACUGGAAGAGCCACGUCCCUUUUGUCCUGAAGGCCCUUGCCGACUCCUGCCCUCUUCUUGCGUCUCUUAAGCUCUCCCACUGCAGUGGGGUCACCAGCGAGUCUCUGGGGGCGGUGGCUGGAUCCUGUCCACAGCUGCAGAGUCUGAACCUGCAGAACUCUCAGAUGGACUCCUCGGCCGUACUCAGGUUCCUGAAAGCUGCAGGCUCGCGAAUCCGUCGCCUGUGGCUGACCUACAGCAACCGAAUGAGCGCCAUUAUUGCUGAGCUUGCGGGCGGCGGCUGCCCGGGACUGGAGCUCCUGGAGGUGAACACGGAGAUCAAGCAGAGCAGCCAGCCCUUCCAGCUGCCCAUCGAACAGCUCCAAGCCGCCUGCCCGCAGCUUCAGGUGCUGCGGCUGCUCAACGUCACCUGUUACGUGAAGCCCGCCGCUGGCUCGGCCCCACCGCCCCCAGGCUUUCCGCAGCUGGAAGAGCUGUGCCUGGCCACCACCGCCUUUUCCUUUGUGGACAACAACAUGCUGGAACGGAUCCUGUGCGCCUCAAGCCGGCUCCGUGUCCUGGACUUGCGUGGCUGCUUCCGCGUGACCCCCAAAGGCUUGGAGCUGCUGCCGUGCUCAGACCUGGAGCAGCUCUACCUGGGCCUCUACGGCAGCAUCAGCCACCUUCGCCUGCCCCUGGAAGGGAGCCCCCUCAUCACCUGGAAGUGGGACCACAGCCUGCGGGAGCUGGACCUGGCCGGCCAGAGCUUCAGCGAGCAGGACCUGGAUCGGGCCAUGGCGGCCUUCGCCCGGCAGGAGAGGGCCAGAGGAGAGCCCGCCCUGCACUCCCUCAAUCUCACGGGCACCAAGAUCACCCUCCGGACGGUCAGCACCCUGAUCGCUAGCUGCCCCUCGCUCAACUACCUCAACCUGUCGUCCUGUCGCCAUCUGCCGCGGGGCAUGAAGAAAGUGUACCGUGGUUCCGAGGAGAUCCGCCAGUGUUUGCACCAGCUUUUGACCAGCGUGGAAGAGUCAGGGGGGCUGGGAGAGAUCACAUAGCCACCGCGGCCUCUCUCUUGAUCCUGCCACACCAGCCUAGCCACACUUCAGGUUUCUGUAGCAGCUGCCUGUUCCUGGAUGCGGUCCUUGCUGCAUUGCCUGGACGGUGGCCGCUCUGCCCCCAGGCCAGGGGAUGCUGCAACCCGACUGAGCCAGCAGGGAGGCGGGCGCUCCCUGCACGGCUGAUUGGGGAACAUUUCUGAAGGCUAUAUUCCCCCCCUUCUCUUUCUCU